AUAGUCUCAAUGAACAGCAAAGAUUAGUGUCCUAUACAGAAUUUUACAACGAGACUGUAAAUGAGCAAAUCGAGAUAAAAGAGGACUUUCCAAAUUACAAAGAUAAAAAAGGGUACGCUUUUGACCAUCUCAAUCGAAUUUCUAACAAGCUUUACCAGAUUUUCAUUUUGUGAUUACCCCUUUUUGUUGAACCCGGCAGUCAAGGCAGAUGUACUCAAGGUGGAAAGUGUGUAUCAAAUGCGACAUGAGCUUCAAGAUGCCUUCUUUCGUGCUUUAUUUCAAGGUGUUAACAGCCCUUAUCUUGUGCUUGAAAUACGAAGAGAUUAUAUCAUCGCUGAUACACUUCUUCAGUUGGAAGAAAAGUCAAUACAUGAUCUCAAGAAGCAGCUGAGAGUGCAGUUUGUAGGAGAGGAAGGAGUUGACGAAGGUGGUGUACAAAAAGAGUUUUUUCAGCUGAUAGUUCGAGAGAUAUUUGAUCCAAAAUAUGGACUAUUCAAUUAUAAUGAAGAAUCGAGGUUAUGCUGGUUCUCACAUAAUCCAGUACUAGACAAUGUCAAUGUCAGAGAAUACAAGCUCAUUGGAUUGCUUCUCGGCCUUGCUGUAUAUAAUAGUGUCAUACUUGAUCUUCAUUUCCCACUUGCACUAUACAAAAAACUGAUGAAUGUUGAUGUGGGCUUGUCCGAUCUGAAGCAGCUUGAUCCUACUCUAGGGAAAGGCUUAGAGAUACUCUUGCAGUAUGAUGGAGAUAUUGAAGCAGAAUACGAUCGCUCCUUUCAAGUUAGUGUAGAGUCUUUUGGACAUGUGUUCACAUACGAUUUAAAACCGAAUGGAGCAGAGAUACAACUGACAAAGGAUAAUAGAAUAGAAUUUGUAGAUCUUUACACCAAGUUUAUCCUCGAUGUUUCUGUGAAAAAGCAGUUUGAAGCAUUUAAAGAAGGGUUUAUGCUAGUAUGUCAGGAUAGUGCAAUCAAGAUAUUUAGACCUGAAGAAGUGGAGCAACUAAUAUGUGGUUGCUCCGAUCUUGACUUUGAAGCGUUAGAGAAAUCAACUGUCUAUGAUGGAGGAUGGACAAAGGAUUCUGAUAUUAUAAAAUACUUUUGGGAGAUUGCACAUUCCUUUUCUUAUGAGGAAAAGAAGAAACUGCUAUUUUUUGCAACAGGAUCUGAUAGAGCGCCCAUAGGUGGGCUCAGUAAGCUUCAAUUUGUUAUCGCGAAAAAUGGAGGCGAUUCUGAUAGGUAGGUUUACGUUGAUUAACUGAGGAACAAUACUAACUAUGAUGAUCAAGGUUACCUACAUCGCAUACUUGCUAUAACGUGUUACUGCUUUGUGAAUACAGUAGCAAAGAGAAGCUAAAAGAAAGACUGCUAACUAGUAUAAGUAACGCAGAAGGAUUUGGAAUGAUAUAAGUAUAUCGAUGAAUUGAUGCCUUAAUAAAUUACUUGGAGUGAUAAUGUUUCUAAGCAAUAUUAUUAGAUAAUUUUUUUUUAAUCUAGAUGGAUUUCAUCAAAAGAAAAAGGGAUGAAGGUUACUCUAAUCUUUAUUCAAAAGGAG